UUCGGUCAAAAAAGUCUAUGUCCACUACCGCCUCGAGUUAUAGUUUGUAGUUUUCCUCAUUUUAGUGCACUGAAAUGAUCGAUCUUAUAUUUCAAACGUAGAAUCUUUCUUAAAGAAAAAUAAAUAAUCAAAGUACAAAAUGCAUAACACUUACAAGAAACAUUAUCAAAUUGAUCGAAACUAAUAAAUCAAUUAAACCAAUAAAAUUGUUUAACUUACUUUAAAAUUAAAAAAAAAAUAAAAAUACAAAUUAAAAUAACGUGUGCUUUCUACUUUCUACCAAAUAAUUCAUAAAUUCAUCGUCGAAAGGAAGUGUUUUCGUUUUUCUGUGGCCGGAUUUUGCGUGUCUUACGAUUCAAUACAAAAUACGACGAUAUUCUUGUUGUUGGCAACAUUUUCUUUAAAGUUUUUUAAUUGAUUGCUAAAAAACUAAAAUAGUUUUUCUUACAAUUAAAAAAAAAAGUACGCGACGGAAUCAUAGGCGGCGGUGGCGUCGUCGGUUGUGUUGAGUGAUGCACUUGAUCUUCAAACAAUUACGUCGGUCCCUUCAAGAAAUCGUACCACGACGACCAUAAAAAAGACAACAAAAACAACAAAAAAAAUACUUCUUACAAAUUUAAGUUUUGCAACCAAAAUUUACUCGACUCGACGACCGUGAAAGUGUAUUUUUGUAGCAUGAAGUGAAUUCUCAUUUUUGUUUAUGUCUUAUUCAUUUAUUAUUUCGUGGUAAAUUUUUGUUGUUGUACGUUUUGACAAAAUACAAUACACGUUUAUUUCUAACCCAACAAAAUAAAACUCAAUAAAGUUUUGUAAAUGAUAAUUUGUUUUUAAAUAAAUUAAAACUAUACAUUUUUAUAGUGAUGCAAAAGAUCAUUUGGAAACCCUCAAGACUAGAGCAUAAUAUUGCUCAACGAUAGGUAUAAGCUCAUAACUGAGCUAACUGAGCUAUACACGCUGCCGUUCAUUCAUCGGAAAGAGCACUAAACUCAAGAGAAUAAAGGUCAAGGACAUUAUUAAACUUUUCAUACAAAAAGAAAAAAAAAAACAAAAAAAGAGGUCAUAUAGUUCCAUAAGGGGAACUUAAUUUUUCCCAAAAGGAACGAGGAGUCUAUGACAAGUCAGCACGGAGUCAAAAAUACCAAACCCUAACCUGUCAGUGCGGACGUACAAUACCACAAUUACCACUGCGGCGAAAUGGGUAAAGAACGUAAUGCAGGUGAGAUCCUCGGCAAGGCGAACUGCCUUAGAGGAUGUGUUUCGGGGCUGGACUUUAUGGACGACACUGUUACCGAUUACGAACAAGCUCUGCUCCAUACAGGAUUUGGAAAGUUCCAUUAUAAUUUGCUGGCAUUAUGUGGCCUUAUCUAUAUGAAUACGGCAAUUGGUGUGACAAUUAUAUCGUUCGUCCUUCCGGUAGCAACCUGUGAUUUUCAAAUGACAUCAUCGGAUAAGGGAUGGCUGACAGCAUCGCCGAUGUUGGGCAUGUUGGUUGGGUCGUAUUUCUGGGGCUGUUUGGCCGAUACGAAGGGACGAAAGAAGGUGCUGAUUGCAACGCUGCUCGGCGAUGCUCUUUGUGGACUAAUUUCGUCGUUUUCGCAGCAUUUUUUGUUUUUCUUAUUAAUUCGACUGCUAAAUGGAUUCAACGUUGCUGGUGCAAUGGGAAUCUGUUUUCCUUAUUUGGGUGAAUUUCAACCGACAAAAUACCGUGAAAAAAUCCUCUGCUGGAUGGAAAUGUUUUGGACAAUUGGAAUAAUCGUUCUGCCACUUAUCGCAUGGGGUAUCAUUCCUCUUGACAUCCAAUUUGAUUCUAAAGAUUUCACCUUCCAUAGUUGGAAUCUGUUCGUGGCUGUGUGUGCUCUUCCAAGCCUUUUCCUUGGUUUAUGGCUCUUUGCAUUUCCUGAAAGUCCAAAAUUCCUUCUUGAAGUCGGAGAACCCGAAAAAGCCUUAUCAGUUCUUAGGCAUAUGUAUGAGAAAAAUACUGGUGAACCUCAAGACAAUUUUCCGUUUACAAGCCUGGUAGGUGGUAAGAUAUUGCCCACUGAUAGUGUCAGUGUUCGCAGACUAAAAUUAAGACGGCCCAAAGAGCUAAGACUUCUAAUUGGAGAAAUUUGGACGCAGACAAAAACACUUUGCACAAAACCAUUCUUAAGGACCACCAUUCUUACUUGUUUGAUACAAUUUGGACUGACGUCAAGUUAUUACACUCUUAUGGUAUGGUUUCCUGAGUUAUUUCAACGUUUUGCUGAUUUCGAAGAAUUGAAUCCAGGUGCACCGACUUCGGUCUGUGAUGUCUCUUCAGUUUAUACCGUAAAUAGAACAACGAUAGAGCCUGAUUUUGGUGCAGAGUGUGAUUCAACACUUCAGCAAGGAGUUUAUCGAAAUACUGUGAUCAUUGGCCUAGCCUGCAUACCGACUAGCUUUUGGCUUCCUUUAUGUGUUCAUCGUUUAGGAAUAAAAUUCUUUUUGGUGUUUGGAUUAAUAGCUGCUGCAGCUGUUACCAUUGGCCUGUAUUUUGUACAGAAUGCAAUGCAAAAUUUAGUACUAUCGUGUAUUUUUGAAGCUCUUACAUCACUUAGUAUCAGCACAGUUUAUUGUGUCAUGGUUGACUUAUUUCCAACGAAUUUAAGAGUAAUGGCAGCAGCAUUAUCAAUGACAUUUGGCCGCGGUGGAGCACUUUUAGGAAAUCUUCUUUUUGGUUUCCUUAUUGACUUCAACUGUGUGAUACCAAUUGUUUUAUUUGCGUUUAUGUUAGCUGUAAGUGGUUUACUGUGCAUUCUCCUACCGAGUACGGGGAAUGAAGCCUUAGCAUAAGACUUUAUUGUAAUUUUAAGAAACUUCUAUCUAAUUUAACUUAACUACUAUUAAUUAAUAUAAAUAUUUAUUUACGAUAAAAGAAUAAAAACAAAA